AUGUGUUUUCGAUCCAAAUCCGAUCAACCACAAGACGAUGCGCCGCAGGAAAUACCGAAGGUCAUUAUCACCAGAGCAUCGACAGACCGCGCGGUCUUUGGUGAAGAUGUUGAGCUACGUAUGGAGCAUGUGGAAAGAUACGAGUCACAUGUGCGGGGCUAUUUGUCUAUGUUGUUUCUUGAACCAACUCUUGUUUUCGCUGUCACCAUUUCACAGCUUACAAUGGGGCCACCUCAGAUAUUUCAGCUACCUGUGGCGUCCGUCUUCAGCGCUCUGGACGAAAAGCAGGAAUUGUACGCCCACUACAUGGUCGAUAUUGUGUUUCCUGGUAUCAACCUUUCCAAUCACAAUGACAUUCGCCAAGAGACAAGCUACAAGAAUAUUAUAUUUUCCAACCGCAUGAUCGCAGAAAGUCAAAGAUCCAGGGGCUUGCAUAUGGUCGACGAGGCAGAGCGUCACAUCUUUAAGGAACACCGCCCCCAUGCAUACUACAUCUGUGCUUUGCACGAGAUUCUGGGCCAUGGGACAGGACGGUUUUUGGCCGAACCUGGUCAAACUUGGACUGGGGUACUAGGAGAUCUCUCGGCGACUGUGGACAAGUGUAGGGCAGAGCUUGUUGGUGCAUUUUUGAUUGAUGAGCCGGAGAUUCUAGGGUUAUUUGGUUAUACUCAAGAUGGAGAUAUCAAGCCUGAUGAUGUCAUUCACAACAUGUACCUGCAGCUCGGCGCUGAUGGACUUCGAGGACUGGAGAACUAUGACCCGCAUACAAAGAUAUGGGGCCAAGCCCACAGCAGAGCUCACUACGCUAUUCUUCGGCACCUUCUUCGCAACACCAAGGACCUCUACACAGUCUUGUAUGAUUCUCACAAUGGAAAUCUAACGGUGAAAGUUAAUGGUAACAAUGUUCUCCUGCAAGGAAAGCCCUCCUUGGGUCGUAUGUUGCUAAGGCUACACAUAUACCGUUGCACGGCUGAUAUUGCCGGCUGCCGCGAAUUCUACGAAGAUCUUUCUAGCGUGGAUGGCGAAGCCUUAUGAUGGAGAGGUGUUGUGAUGGCCAGGAAAGACCCUCCUUGGUUUUCUGUCAUGCGAACACAUUCAUCCAUGAGAACGAUGUUCAUGUACGCGAAUAUGAGCCGACAGCUAGAAGCGUUGUUCAAAGCUGGGCCGAGCGGGGAGUUGAUUCGGAAGUCAUAGAGACUGGAAUGGCUCUAUUAGAAUAAAUAUGAUCAUGGCCUCGAAUAGUCUAUGAGUAGAAGUCUUAUCCAAGAUUGUCAAUUGUAUUCUUAUUGGAC